AUCCUAAUAUAAGAAAGGAGUUUUUCCUGGAACUAAAAGGCACAAUAAUAAGGAACACUAUAAUUUCUUCUUGUAAAAGUAAUUUGUGCUAUAAAUAUUUUUCAUAAAAAUUUAAAUUUCACCAACCAAUCAGGGUAACGCACACACGCGCUUUAAAUAACAGUCAGUACCCAGCUGUCCCCCAUUUCGUACGGAUCUUUCCGUACAAUAGAUUCGACCAGACCCUUUAUGCCUUUACAAAAUAAGUCUAUUGGUGUAGACGUUCCCGCACAUAUGUAGCGUUUCGAAACAAUACCACAGAACAGUCAGUUGUUGUGGAAUACAAAAGAAUCUAACAUUACGAGAAGCUUAUUGCCACGUUUGGAAAUAUCUAAAUUCGUCAGCAUCCAUUACUAAUAAAAUUCCAAUGCGUGAAAUCAUCAUUCUGCGAAAUAAUCGUCAAAGAGAACGAGUGAAAAGAAUAACAUGAGCUGUGCAACUUUUACUUCAAUUUCUACAUUUUCAAACAAAAAUGCAAGAUAACAUAUUAAUAUCGUAUGUUAAAUAAUUCUUCACAUUUUAUUUUUGAUGGAUAAUUGUUCUCGUAGUAACGUGUAUCGGCUAUGUAACUGAAAACUGAUGCAUAACUAUGAUGCCAAUGCUAAUACAUACAUGAUCGACCUCUAAACGAUUGAAUUGCGAAUUGGACUAAAGAGAUCGAAUCGAAGAUCGAAGUCGUAAUAGUACACGGGUUAAGUGAAUCAUUCACGCACACAUACAGAAGGGACACUUCAGUGCCGUCGUUAGCUCAAGGGGCCCCGGCACUUUGAAAAUGUACAGAAUUAUGAAUUUGGAAAUUUGAAUGCAUUUGAAAUUUGGGGGCAUGGAAAUUUGGGAAUAUGGGAAUUUACAAAUGUAAGAGUUUCGAAACUUGAAGAUUUAGAAAUUACAAAAUUUGCAUAUUUUGGAAAGUCGGAAAGUCGAAUUGGAAAAUCUAAAAUUUGAAAAUCAUUAAGUUUAGAAAUUUCCAAAUUCCCAAUUUCCAAUUUUCACGAGAAAUACUUGAAGAGGAUCACUUCUAAUUUUAGAAGUGUCAAACCCACCCUGAUCCCUUCAUCUAGUUACGCCAAUGUCAUCUGGAAGCAUUUUACGCAGAUGUGCAGCGCGGCGCGUGCCCCUGGAUCCAAUGGUGGUGGAAAUGUUUCUUCGGUCAACUUCUACAGGGGAAGAGCCUGACCCCCGCGUGUACACGUACGCACACGAGUGUGAUAGGGAAUAGGGAGUCACACCUGGCCCUUAAAAAUAGCAUUGGCGUGAUUUGGUGACGUUGUUCGUGGCGUGCGCGCUAUGUCUAUAAUCACAGUUUGUUCAUUCCUUUAUCGACAGUCAUUCUGAUAUCUUUCACCAUUCCUAACAUUUUCGUGAUCGGUGUCACGUAUUCGUGACAUCGCAAAGUUUUCCAUCAUUGUUCUUUUUUAAAAAGCAAUUUUAAAGUUUACAUAAUUAUUUGGAAAGUUUACAGAAGUUUGAAAAUGUCCAAGUUCGAAGUUUGAAGAUUUCCAAAUUCAAGAAUUUGCAAAUUAUAAAUUUUCUGAACCACCGGAAUUUCCAGUAAUAGCCAGUGACCAUAGCGAAAGUAACGAAAGGGUUGAUAAUAGUUUUCAAAGCAAUUGAUUUGGGAAAAACUAAUCGAACACAGUUCCUGUUCACGCCAUUGCAUCCUCGUCGCUGAGAAUGCACCUAGUUACGCUUUGGCGGUUACACGAGGGUGCACACACAUGCCGAGGUACUUACACGGGGGUACACGUACCGUAUAGAGGUAUGCAACCCCGUGGAUACGACAAAAGGGAAGGGGAGGAGCUGUAUUUUCAUACGGGUUGGCUUACGAGCUCGAGGCGGGGAGAAGCGCGACUUACGGGAGGAAGUCGGAAGCGUCGCUAUACGAGUCAGUCGUUCGCGAAGCACCAAUACGUUUAGAUCGAUCGACGUUACGUCGUUUUUAAUAAAUAAUUAAUUUUGUGCAUCAAGAAGGAGUAAACACUGAACUCGCCAGAUUAUUGCAAAUCGAUAACUUAAUGAUCCAGUAAUUGUCCUUUAAAGUGGAGCCAAUUAUUUGAAAGUGGAUCCUUUUCAUAUAGUGUACCUUCAGUAAUAAAAUUUAUAAAAAGUAGAUAAUACAUUGUUAACGGAAAAGGAUGUUUUCGGUGUUAACGUGAAGAACCAUCGGAUUCUCCAUGGGGGUUGCUACGGACACCAUAAGGUCCUUCUGGCACGCGACCCGUGGGAGGGUCGUUCCGCUCUGUUGAGUCGUGAAACUACCCCAUACGAUCGCGUUAUUUUACCGCUCAUCCUCGUCGUUACCACAGAAACUGAAAGGGAAUUUUGAAAACUUUGUUGCAACGACAACGAAUUAAAUUUCGAUCAACGUAAAAGUUAGCUGUAUAAAUCGAAAAUGAGCGCGUUCAAGAGACAUCAAAGCAAAGUGUUCUGGAAUCAUAUGGCUGCUCAGGAUCUAGAAAGUGUAGAUCCUUUUGGAGCGAGAAACAAUUUCACCAGGACUAAGCAGAAUCGUGGAACUUGCUUCGAGAUACCCGAAGAGGAAGCGGAAGAACGAUCGUCCAGCAUCAACGAAAGCGACACGUUCGAAACUGCGAACGUAACGGCGAUUCGUGUUUGCCCAAAUGGAAAUGAAAAUUCUCAGGAUCUGUAUCCUACGAUUUCGAUCCACGAAGACAAUAAUUUGAUGACUCAAACGGUAACUAUGGACAUAAAGGAUGAAGAUAAAGACGACGACGAGAAUAUCGCUGGUGCGAUAAACAGGUCUUGCAGUCCUUUGAGCCAAGACCUCAGGAGUCUAGAUUCUGGCUUCUCCGAUUCCGAACGAUCGAAUUGUUCCGAGUUGUACGAGAACGAAACACCGCGACGUCGAAGAAGACGGAAAAGAGUGAGAGAUCGAAAACAUGGAACGAAACUCGGUGCUACUUGGUUGGAACACGAAACUCUUCCGGAUCCUACGUAUACUUCGACGCCCAAGGACUCCAGAAUUUUGCCUCGAAAUACAAUGGUCCUUAAUGCGUAUACCAAACGAAACGUGCCAAGAAUACAAAGACUAGAGGAGGAUCAAGUAGACGCGCCGAAAAUUCCAGCGUCCAUCUCCUUCGAGGAGGAAAGUCUCGGCGAUUUUCUGUACGCAGCCGAGCCACCGGAGGAUGCCAUAGAACCGCGGAGUACGAACUCGUCGACGAAUUCCUAUGAGACCGAAUCAUCCUGCAAAUCUCUUCUCCAUUCGAGAACGUACAGACAAUCGUCGUCGGUUAGAGCGUGGCUAAGUAACCUGGCGAUGGAGACCGAAAGCGAGUGCAACAACACUCUUCAAAGCAAAGCUCUGCCACGACGGAAACGUCGUGAGUUCUUGAGUGAAAGAGACGAAAUGAACGAUCUGAAGACUUUGUCUUCUUUAGCUACUGCGGCCGCGAAUAAGUUGUUGAUAAGGGUGGAGCAAUUCGAUAAACACUAUGAAUAUAUCUUUGACAAAGUGUCGCAUAUAGAAAGAGGCAGAUCCGAGAAAGAACUUCUGCGUGCCAUUGAGGACGAUGCUUUCUCCGUUCUCUCGGAGUUGGGCGCACCACCUCCUCGUAGAAUACAGCAGACCAGUUUGAAAGCAAUACUAUCGCAAUUGGAGAGCAUCAAGACUUACGUAGAUAGCGCUGUGGAUACACGUUUAGAUUUCUAUAUCGAGAAAAUAGUCAGAGGUUUGGAAGAGUCACCGAAGGAUGACACAACGGUAGCCAAAGGUGCUUUGGCGGCUUUGACUGCUCUAGGACUAUCAGGGCCUCGGGCAGGAAAUAGUAUCACCAGGUGUUCCGGUAUCAGGGCUCUGUUGACGUCCCUUCUCACAGCUGGAGCAUCGUCGGUGGAUUUCGUUACGGCUUCCCUUCGAGCUUUGGCGAGCGUAUGUUCUUCUGCCACAGCGAUACACCAGUUCGUCAAAGAUGGAGGUCCAGAGAUACUGACGGAUCUGCUGAGCACGGACAAAAUGUCCGAGAAGGAGAAAAUGGAAGCGACAGCGUUGGUCGUGCAAAUAACUGCACCGUGGGUCAACGCUUUAGGUUUACCUUAUCUGGAACCCUUCGCUAAUGACCUAAUUCCUUCGUUGAAUCGUCUAGUCGAGAGUACCAACUGCGGACAGACAUUAUUGUUGGUCGCAGCCGCGUUCAAUCAUUUGUCCAAGUCCAGAAAAUGUGCCCAGGUGAUACUGGAACACGGGACCGUGAAGAAGUUGCUGAAAACCGUGAAGAAAUCAACCGGCAAGAACGUUUGGUUGAUGGAGCAGGUAGCAGCUCUUAUCAGCGAACUGGCACGUAUCCCCGAAGCUCGAGCACACCUGGCGGAAGCUCGAGCCUCUAUCGCGUUGGUUUCUUUCCUUAGAAUGAGACCGCCAGGUCUUGAAGAUGCCUACAGACGUUUGGAAAUUACUGCAGCAGCAGCGCUCACGAGACUCUGUGUGGAUCCAGAGAUCGCGAGACAAGUAGUCGCUAUUGGAGGUGCUGAUUGUCUUCCAUCCUGCAGGGUCGAUGAUCUACUUACGGAGGACGAAGAUCAAGUCGAAGCGGGAUUGCUGCAGUAUACGAAAUCGUUAAGAAAAGCGUGUAAAAAGGCUGCGAAACAAAUUGAUAUUGCAAAGGCUAGCGACUGUAGUACAUUAAGUUAAGAUUGUACUUGAGAGAACCUAUCGGUACAGCGCAAUUUAUUCGAGAAGUUUUUGAAAUGUAUAAUUCUUAAUAUUAUUUAGGUAUAAAUAGUGUGCCGCAAUAAAAAUCAUGCAAAUUUUCUAUAA